AUGGGAGGGUCGCAGUCUCUGCAGCCAGUCCCAGCCAGCGACCUGAGCCUGGAGGCUUCCGAGGCAAUGAGCUCUGACUCUGAAGAAGCAUUUGAGACCCCGGAGUCGACCACCCCUGUCAAAGCGCCACCUGCCCCACCCCCGCCACCCCCUGAAGUUGUUCCAGAACCUGAGGUCAGCGCACAGCCUCCCCCGGAAGAACCAGGGUGCGGUGCUGAGACGGUCCCCGUCCCCGAUGGCCCCCCCGGCAGCUCCGUGCAAGGGAGCCCUUUUCGUCCCCCGCACUCCUUCUCCGCCGUCUUCGAUGAGGACAAGCCGAUAGCCAGCAGCGGGACCUACAACCUGGACUUCGACAACAUCGAGCUGGUGGACGACUUUCAGGCCCUGGAGCCUCGCUCCUCAGACCCGAAGCAUCAGGACUGCAAAGCCACCUCUCGGAGGAAGUCCACGGACUCCGUCCCCCCCUCGAAGUCCACCUUGUCCCGGUCUCUCAGCCUGCAGGCCAGUGACUUUGAUGGUGCUUCUUGCCCCGGCAACCCCGAGGCCGCGGCCCCGGCCCCAGAGGCGUAUAGCACGGGUUCGAGCAGUGCUUCUAGCACCCUUAAGCGAACUAAGAAACCGAGGCCACCUUCCUUAAAAAAGAAACAGACCACGAAGAAACCCCCCGAAACGCCCCCCGUGAAAGAAACACAGCCAGAGCCAGCCGAAGAGACUCACAUUGCCAGCGAGGAGACUCGAACAUCUGAGACAAAAACGGAGGCAGCCAAGGCGGAAGGUGCUGCACCAGCCUCAUCAGAGGAGACACGCCUGGAAUCUGCUGCUGUCCCCAGGGCUGCCUGCCCUCUGGACUCUGAGGGAGCAGAAGGGGCCAUCCCCCCAGCUUCUGGGGGUGGCAGAGUGCAGAACUCACCCGUCGGAAGGAAAACCUUGCCUCCGGCCACGGCCCCCGAGGCAGCGGAGGUGACCCCAUCAGAGAGUGGGGAGCAGGAGGACCCCCCAGCCAAAGGCCUCUCGGUGAGGCUGGAGUUUGACUAUUCUGAGGACAAGAGUAGUUGGGCCCAGCAGGAAAACCCCCCUCCCACCAAAAAGAUAGGCAAAAAGCCAGUUGCCAAAAUGCCCCUAAGGAGGCCAAAGAUGAAAAAAACGCCGGAAAAACUUGACAACACUCCUGCCUCGCCUACCAGAUCCCCUGCCGACCCCAAUGACAUCCCUCUUGCGAAAGGUACCUACACCUUUGAUAUUGACAAGUGGGAUGACCCCAAUUUUAACCCCUUUUCUUCCACCUCCAAAAUGCAGGAGUCUCCCAAACUUGCCCAGCACUCUUACAGCUUUGACCCUGAUGCCUGUGAUGACUCCAUUGACCCCUUUCAGGCCUGCUCUAAGACCCCCAGCUCACCUUCUAAAUCCCCAGCCUCCUUUGAGAUCCCAGCCAGUGCUGUCGAAGCCAGUGGAGCGGACGGGGAUGGGCUGAACAAGCCCGCCAAGAAGAAGAAGACGCCCCUCAAGACUGACACAUUUAGGGUGAAAAAGUCGCCAAAACGGUCUCCUCUCUCUGAUCCACCUUCUCAGGACCCCACCCCAGCGGCCACGCCGGAAACACCGCCCGUGAUCUCCGCUGUGGUCCAUGCAACCGACGAGGAGAAGCUGGCGGUGACCAGCCAGAAGUGGGCGUGCAUGACAGUGGAUCUGGAGGCCGACAAACAGGACUUCCCACAGCCCUCGGACCUGUCCACCUUCGUCAGCGAGACCAAAUUCAAUUCACCCACGGAGGAGUUGGAUUACAGAAACUCCUAUGAAAUCGAAUAUAUGGAGAAAAUUGGUUCUUCCUUACCUCAGGAUGAUGCGGCCCCGAAGAAGCAGGCCUUGUACCUUAUGUUCGAUACUUCUGAGGAGAGCCCGGUCAAGUCUCCCCCCGUCCGGAUGUCGGAGUCCCCGACGCCGUGUUCAGGCUCAAGUUUCGAGGAGACUGAAGCUCUUGUGAACGCCGGGGCUAAGAUCCAGCAUCCCGUCACACGAGGGCUGGCCCCCAACCAGGAGCCACACUUGCAGGUGCCAGAGAAAUCCUCCCAGAAAGAGCUGGAGGCCAUGGCCUUGGGCACCGCGUCAGAAGUGAUUGAAAUUACAGCUCCCGAGGGCUCCUUUGCCUCUGCUGAUGCCCUCCUCAGCAGGCUGGCUCAUCCGGCCUCUCUCUGUGGUGCGCUUGACUAUCUGGAACCCGACUUAGCAGAAAAGAACCCCCCAGUAUUUGCUCAGAAACUUCAGGAGGAGUUAGAGUUUGCCAUCAUGCGGAUAGAAGCCCUGAAGCUGGCCAGGCAGAUCGCCCUGGCUUCCCGUAGCUGCCAGGACACCAAGAGAGAAGCUACUCACCCAACAGAUGUCUCCAUCUCCAAAACAGCCUUGUACUCCCGCAUCGGGUCGGCCGAGGUGGAGAAACCCGCGGGCCUUUUGUUCCAGCCGCCGGAUCUGGACUCUGCACUCCAGAUCGCCAGGGCAGAGAUCAUAACCAAGGAGAGAGAGGUCUCAGAGUGGAAAGAUAAAUAUGAAGAAAGCAGACGGGAAGUGAUGGAAAUGAGGAAAAUAGUGGCCGAGUAUGAGAAGACCAUCGCCCAGAUGAUAGAGGAUGAACAGAGGGAGAAGUCAGUCUCCCACCAGACGGUCCAGCAGCUGGUCCUGGAGAAGGAACAAGCCCUGGCCGACCUGAACUCAGUGGAGAAGUCUCUGGCCGAUCUCUUCAGGAGAUACGAGAAGAUGAAGGAGGUCCUGGAGGGUUUCCGAAAGAAUGAAGAGGUGCUGAAGAAAUGUGCACAGGAGUACCUGUCCCGGGUGAAGAAGGAGGAGCAGAGGUACCAGGCUCUGAAGGUGCAUGCGGAGGAGAAGCUGGACAGGGCCAACGCCGAGAUCGCCCAGGUCCGAGGCAAGGCCCAGCAGGAGCAAGCUGCCUACCAGGCCAGUCUGCGGAAGGAGCAGCUGCGAGUGGAUGCUCUGGAAAGAACGCUGGAGCAGAAGAAUAAAGAGAUAGAAGAACUCACCAAGAUUUGCGAUGAACUGAUUGCCAAAAUGGGGAAAAGCUAACUUUGAACCAAAUGUUUGGACUUGACCGUUGCGUGCAAUAUGACCGUCGGCACACUGCUGUCCCCUCCGGUGACGUGGGCAGAUUCUGUUUUCACUUUUUCGUAUGCACUACUGUAUUUCCUUUCUAAAUAAAGUUGAUUUGAUUGUAUGCAGUACUAAGGAGACGAUCAGAAUUUCUUGCUAUUGGUUUGCAUUUUCCUAGUAUAAUUCAUAGCAAGUUGACCUCAGAGUUCCUGUAUCAGGGAGAUUGUCUGAUUCGCUAAUAAAAGACAAAUCGCUGACCUUGGCCUUGCCCUUUGUACAUGAGUUUCCAGGGUGAGCGCUUUUGGAUUUACUAUGAUCAUGUACAGCUUGCAAAGGAACUCUUGCCUUAAGGAGUGUAAACUUGAUCCGCAUUUGCUGAUUUGUUUAAAAAAGAAAAGAAAAUGCAUGUUUCAAAUAAAAUUCUCUAUUGUAAAUAAAUUUUUUUCUUUGGAUCUUGGCAA